UUUAAAUUAAUAUGAUCAUCUGUUUUUAGCGGAUAACUUACUAAAAAUUCAGUAAUAUUCCUUGAUGAAAUCCUAACCGACAAAAAGCAUAGCAACAGUUCAAGAGGGAAGCCUUUUAACAGCAGUGACAUCAAAAGAUUUUUUUGAUUGCUGGACGCAAUCUUCUUGUAAGAAUUCUAGUAAAAUGCGUACCCCAGCUGACGAUAAGUUUGUAGCCCUCCUGAAGUUGAAUAGUGUCCUUUGGGAUCCCAACCACAAGGACUACAAGACCACUGUUGUCCGGGAGAAAACAUGGAAGCAUUUGUCUGAGAAAAUGGGAAUGAGCGUUCUGAAGUGCAGAUCCAAGUACAAGGAGAUGAGAGAAAAGUAUAGGACCGAAGUAAUGAAAGUCACAAGAAAGGGUGGAGAAGGAUAUGACCCAAAUUUGAAGCAACAACUCGAUUUCCUGAAGAUAUCAUUUAAGAAUCUCCCAAAUGUUCCCAAUCACACUGGUUUGAGUUUCCGGAGGAAUUCACUGCUUCAGGCUAGCUCAAAUCCACGUCGAUCGACACCGAGUUCACUUAGAGCUACUCCCAGUAUUCAGUUUUCUUCUGAUCCCUCUGUGGAUCCAUUGUUUCUCGAUCCUGACCAAAUGUCAAAUUCCUCCUUGAAGAUUGAGGAUUUUCCCAGUGAUCUGGCAACUUUGCGAAUUGUGGAACCAACAGCAAAUGGCUCUCUUGACAAUGCUCUAAAGGGUGACAAUUUGGAGAUUCUCUCCGCUCGCUCGUUGCGACCCAAUAAUCCCAGCCACCACAAUAGGAGCCAGAGAGAUGUGGAGGAGUACAUUAGACUGCCUCAGGUGCCGCAGACCAAUCACCAUCAGCGGCACCAGCAGCACCAUCCAUCAGGAUUUGUCCUGGCUCUGGAUGAGAAACUGAAACUUUUGCCACCGAAACUGAGGUACAAAUUGGAAAAGGACAUCUUCCUGAUGGUUUCCGACGAAGUGUCCAAGUUGUACGAAUAACUGAUCUUCGACACAAGCACUUUACUGUUCCCAAGUGCUUCUGCAUUAUCGACCUUUCUUUUUUGUUGGUUGAAAUCAUGAAUUUACUUUAUUAUAUUAUAGGCCUAGUAAAAAAAAAGCAGAAAAUGUGUUUAUGAAGAACUUUGAGACAUUUUUUUUCGAAAUAAUUAUUUGCGAGAAUUACUUUGCAUUGCAAUAUUUUGAGUUUAUAUUUUUUUCUAGUUGUUUUUUUUUUUUAAUAAAUUUUUGAGAUAGAUUAAGAUAUGUUUUAUCGCAGUAGAACUAAGAAGAAAUUAUAUUAUUGUAAUAAUUAAUUAUAAAUAAUUUGUAGAAAAUUUAUAAAGCACACUUUGCGUGAUGAUUUGAUUAUAACUUUAUUGUCUUUAUCGGUGCAUCAAAUAAAUAUAUCUUGGAACAAACAAAAUUAAUUGCAGGAUUUAAAAUUCAAUAGACUAGGCUAGACCAUUUAAUUGCUCGAAUUCUCAGAAUGGUAUUUCUUUUUAAAUCCUUCAUUUGUGCUUUUUUGAAAUCAGUGAAAAAGUUUCCAAAAUUAAAUAAAGGGAAAUCCCAAGUUGUCCAAAAACAAUAUCCUGAAGAUAAUUUUUUUUUGUAAAAAACUUUAAAAAAAAUUAUAUAAAGUAUAAAAAUUGUAUGAAAUUGAAAUGAAUUCAAUAAACUAUGAAAAA